AGCGCCGUGAGCUUGCAAGUUGGUUACUCUGCGUGGAGUUGGUUCGUUUGGUCGCGUCGGUUGAAGGAGUCGGUUGUGCGAUUUGAAGCGCUCCAGUUACGGUAAACGCGAACGCCAUCGCAUCGCCCGUUUUACUGUUAUUUUAACUCGGGAACCCUGUGCCUUGUGUAUCUGUGUGUGUGCUCGCCUGUCUCUUUGUACAUAUGUGUGGGAGUCAAACAAAUAGCAAAGCGAACAGGAAAAUCAUAGAGCAGAAAUUCCGAAAAAAAGGGGGUGGCGACCAUCCUGCUUUUCUGCGCCCGCUGCCAGUGUAACCACCCCCUCACAGUUACACCAACAAAAACAACAACCACAGCAAGGACUUGAGAGUAAACGCGAAAAACAAAAUACAUUCACGUAUGAACCGUUAACUGCGCCAUUCAGAAAUAGCAACAACAAAUAGAAAAUAUCAAAGGCAAAACAAUUAAAUUGUGUGUGUGAGUGCCAGAGAGAGAGAGCACAAAAUCAACAACAAAAUCGUUUGAAAAACAAACAAAAGUGUAAAAGGAGUUGGUGAAUAACAAUACAAGUUCGGUACCGUAAAAGAGAAAGCCAAUAAAAGACUGUAACAAUAAAAGCCAGACAAAGUGAAAAAGGACAAAAUCAUAAAACAGGACAUUAAUAUUACACUGGACUCUUGAGAUAAAAUGACAUAAAAGUUAAACACCAAAUCAAAUCAAUUUUCAAAGGAUAUUAUUUACAAGUAACCCAACCAUAUUGAAAGCAAAUAAGCAAAAUUUAGCAUUUGAAAUUUAACAUUGUGGUAGAAAGUGAAAAAUAGUUAUAACGAAAAAGAAAACCACUUUGAAAACUCGUUAAAACUACAGCCAGCUCUGUAAUCUUUUGUAAUCCCAAGUCGAACUUUAAACCAUCGAAACAUGCUGAAAAACCGCUUGGGAAUUAUAUGAACGAGGAUAGGCCUCCACUGGAUUGCAUCAUCCGUCGAGGGCGUGGCUUAGCAUCGAAUGUAAUGUACAGCUGCCAAGCAGGACCUUUCAUCACUCACACAUCAUCAUCAUCCUCAUCAUCCGAGCCAUCUCCAGACCCAACGACACGAUGUCCACAACAGCAGCUGGUCUAAAGCCGGGACCCAAAGGAGCCAACGGAGUCAGGACGGAUACGGACCACAUCAUAACCAUCACCACUGCCAGCCUGACGGAGACCUUCAUCGAGGAGCCCGUGAAGGGAGUCGCCACUCCGGUCAGUAAGCCAAAGUCCUCGGGAAGCGGAGAUCCACUAGAGACCAUCACCUCCGGUGACCAGAGUGAAACGAGGAGAAGGAACCAGCCCUUGUGGCGGCUAUCCCAGCUGGUGAGCUACCAGAACAACAUCGCCGAUGUCCAGCAUCGGAAGGGAAGACGCCUCCACGGACUGCAGCUGCCACUGCAUCCUCUUCAGCUUUUUGGCUGGCUGGUGCUCCUCCUGUUCGGAGUGGCCAGCUACUGGGUGCUCAUUCCGGCCUUUCAUGCCCGCAUUCAGGGCCCACUGUACGGUUUGAUCACGGGCCUCUACCUGGUGCACAUCGCCUCCCAUUUGUCGGCCCUGCUGACGGAUCCGGCGGACAAAGAACUGCGGCGGGUGCAUCGCAACGACCGGAUCGUCCCAGAAUUCGACCGGACGAAGCACAGCCACGUGAUCGAGAACGGGCGCUGCCAUCUGUGCAACAUCCGCACAUCCUCCAGCCGCACCAAGCACUGCUCCGUGUGCAACAAGUGCGUGGGCAAGUUCGAUCACCACUGCAAGUGGCUGAACCACUGCAUCGGGUCGCGGAACUAUGUGGCCUUCCUGAUGUGCGUGGUCAGCGCGGUGGUGGCCACCCUGGUCAUCGUGGCCGCCGUGGUGGCCCAGAUCGUCUUCUACUACGUCCAGCCAGAGUGGCUGAGCUUCUACUGGUGUCCCAUGGACACGAGCCACCCCAUGGAGGGCGGCGACUACAUAAACCUCACCCUGAGCCUGGGCAACGGCACCAUGAUGCUGCUAGAGCAGCAGCCGGCGGUGGAGGAGGAAGAUCGUCAGGAGUUCCUGGACGAGGAACUGGCCAACAUUACCAUCUCCACACUGCCCACCCUCCUGGAAAACUUUACAGCCCUGAUAGAGGCUAGCACCACACAGUCUGGGACGAGCCUCUCCAAUCAUACUGUCACGCAGCCUGUUUUGGGCGGGAUUGGACUCAACGAGACCAUCUUCCUGUUUCUCCUGGGCGUUCUGGGCCUGCUCGCCGCCGUGAGUGCGGGACUGCUGCUGCACCUGUGCUUCUUCCACAUCUACAUCUCGUUUUUGGGACUGACCACCUACGAGUACAUCAGGAACCAUCGGCAGGCACAGGAGGCCAAGACCAAGCAGCUCCUGGAGGGAGCUUCCAGCGUGGGUGUUGCCAAAAAUGGGGGCGUACACUUUUCGGCCUCCUUGCCCGAACCACACAAUCCGUCCAAGUCGAUGCCAGGUGGCCAGCAGCUGUACUGCUGCUCCAGUGCCCCUCAUCCCAGCCAGCAGUCACAGGAGGCGGUGGGGCAAACAGAGCAAUCCCUGCGCUUGCACUGCUGUGCCAGCUCCAGGGAGUUUCACCAGAGUAGGCAAGCUGUCUAUGUGUGCUCGCUGCUGGAGGAGACUGUGCCGCAGAUUCAGGUGGAGCAGGACACGCUCAGUAGCUUCCAUUGCUGCUCCAGCUUUGCGGCCAGUUCCUUGCAGCGCAGGGUCAGCUUGGCCAAAGGAUCGCUAGUCUCGGCCGAACCACGUCCACAGAGACCGGCGACCUAUCUGCAGUACACCGAGCAGUGCACCCUCUGCACCUUCCGACUGAGAAGGGGAUCCUCGGAAGCCGCGAGCAGCGCCGGUGGCAGUAGUAGCACCCGCACCCUGACCAGCCAAACCGGGGGCUCCUCCUCCUCAGCUACCGCAGCUGGGAACAUCUCGAAGCAUCAGCGUUGGAGGAGGAAAUGGAAUUGCUGCGCCUCAGUUCCGGAUAGCCCCGAUGUGCCCAACGAUCUCCUAGCUGCUCUUACGUUCCGCGAACGCGAGGAGGCAGCAGCAGCGGCCAAACUGAAUGCCCAGGAGCUGCCCAUACAGUUCAUCCGCACCCUAAACGGCGGCCUGGAACAGGAGCUGCCGCUGAAGACUACGACAACGGCCACUCCCACGCCGCCUAGGAGCUCCCGACUUCGUCACAUGCUGCGAUUGCUGGGGCGCUAUCGAAGACCACGCUGUCGCCAUGGGGCCCAUCAUGGAAUCGCGGCCAAGGAGCACCAGAAUCACGGUGGUUCUGCCAUCAAGCAGAAUCAGAUUCGCCCGCUGCAACUGCAGGCGGCUGGGCGGGGCUAUGCCAACUCCACGGCCACGCCCACACCGCCGGCCAGUUCGCCGAGCAGGAGUUCCCUGGAGAGCAGCGAACUGAGCACCAGCACGAGUCCCUCGUGCGGCAAUAGCAAGGAGCUGAUGCUGCUGCCCACAUCCGUGAUAAGGGACGACAGCGUGACCACCUAUACGCUGACCCUGCCGCCUGCCCUGCCGCCGCCGACGAGGAGGAAAAUGAACCAGACCAGCCAGGAGCUGGCGGAGCUGGCCGAGACCCUGGGAUUUGCCAGCAACUUGCAGCACAAUCAGCACAACAGCCAGACGAACAGCCGGACGCUGCCCAGUUUGGGGAAUGUCUACCGCCGGCAGAGGCGGAAGCACUUCCUGCGGACACGAUCGCCCACUCUGUCGCCCAUCCACGAGUCCGGCCUCUCGAAUCCAACCUCGCCGCAGCCUCUGAGGCACCUCCACCACCAAAACCUAGCCAACUCGAACUCCAAUCCGGCCAAAGCCACGUCCUCGCCGCUGCUUAACCGCAACUCUGGGAACUCCUCGGCGCUUCUCGUCCAGAAUCUGUGCAGCUUGGCAGGGGAAACGCUGAGGAAGACCGCCUCCAACAGCUCCCUGCAGAGCCUCAGCUCCAACUCGAGCAGCACCUAGAAUCGAGUGUCCUUGAUGGUUUCUGUUUGGUCCCUAGGUUAGACUUAGCUAUAGCCUUAGCCUUAGUAUUCCCCGCAUCCCAGGCAGUUCUGUUGGAUUCCGGAAAUCAAUUAAUCCGCAAAUAAGCAUCGAAAGUCAUAACUGAAAUCAAUUAAGCACGAGGAGUAGGAGUGGGGUUGGAACUGGGUGGUGAGCUGUCAGGGCCAGAAGGAAAGGAAAUUGCCUUUGAUGCGAUGCGGUUUCAUGGCCAAACUUAAUUACCGCUUUUGGUCGGGGCUCCUUUGUUUGAGUCUGUGGAUUGCAUAUUUGAUUUAUUAAGAGUCUGAGUCUGGUGUGGAGAGGUAAUAGGAAAGAUUGGAAUUUUUGCUAUAAAGAAGCCAAGUUAUUAGUUUUAUUACUCCUUAAAAACUGUUUGAUUUAUGAACUACUUAAUAAGUUUAAUUAGUUGUUAAAGACGAAUAACUCAUAUGGUAUCUCUCUAUCAUAAACUUAGAUUAUUGGAAGAAUUCCAAAAGCACUUUCUGUUCUUCUUAAUCUUUUCAAGUAUUUACUUAAGUUCCUAAUCUUGACAUAAGACAUAAAACUAAGAAAAUAUUGGUGUUUAUUUUUAUUUAUUAAAUUUUAACAGCUGCAUAAAUGACAUAACAUUUAUCUUAA